ACGUCCCCUACAUCUUAAGUUUCUUUUGUGAAUGAUUUUUAUCUCGAUUUUUAUUUAUAGAUAACGUGGACCGUUAUUCGAAAAAACGAUGAUGAACUUGACGCAAUUCCUAAGAAUUGGAUUACGUUCCCUAACAUAGCAGUUUAUCCAGACAAGGGAACAGCAACAGUUACCAAAAUGGCAAAGAAUGGGACACCUCCAGAAAGUGAUUGGUUACAAGUGCCAAUCACUGUCGUAAAAGAAAAUUAUGCAAGUUUCGAUCGCUGCAUGAAAGAUGCGAUUCGGUUUGACAGGGGGGGGGGGCGGUCUAUUAGCGCGUCCGAAACUGAGGAGAGGGGUGCUGGACGAAGAAUCUCCCGUGUUCGCAAACGUUCGCCGUCCAUUGAGAGUGAUUCAACGGAAGAAUAUCCAGAACCCCCUCGUAAGAAAACGCCCAGAACAUCACCACGGUACAAAAAAAAUUUGUCAUUUUCAAGUACUGAGACAUCUCAUCCCGUGAUCAAUUAUCCGGCUACUUCAGAAAUUCGACAACCUUCUCCAUCAGGGAAUGCAAAAGUCACUCAAGUACGAGUAUUAUGUGAAAUCUCAAAAAAAAAGCAUUUUUGCUCGUUGCAAAACCCAGUGACAUUGGAGUCAUUGGCGCGUGGCCUUUGCGAGCUUUCAAAGAGUGUACAUGGCUUGCAGAGUAAGGUUAGAGAUUUAAGGCAGGAGAUAAUGAGCAAAAGGUCGGAGGCAUCAUCAGUACCAGAUAUACAGGGUGAUUCCUAUAGAUAA